GAGAGACUCGACUCGAAAACAAACAGAGCCUCCUCCGGUCCUCCCUGCCCUGCCCUGCCUCGGGCUGUAAAUAAAUACCCAAGCUCUCCUACAACAUCCAUUUGAUCUCCCCUUGGCUCUCGUCUUCUUCGUCUUGGAAGAGAGAGCAGGAUGAUGGAUGGUGCCAAUGGCGAUGGGGUCGGAGUGGAGAGAUCAUACGCUUCUUCUGGUCACAGCGUGCUGCCCAUAGCGUGGCAGAGCUUCACGGCCAGCUCCCAUGCCGCGCCGGCGCGGCGCGACAUGGAUUCCUUCGCGUGGGCUUCGGUCUCCAGGCGCACGGCCGCAGGCGGGAGCCUCUUCCCGCCGGAGCACGGGCUCCAGGCGUCACAGGCGGCGGCCGGAUACGAGCAUUUCCCGGCGGACUCCAAGAAGAAGAGGAGGAGAUCAGACGAGGUCUCUGGAACGGAUCAUGCCAAGACGUCGAAUGGGGCAGAGGAGACUGAGAGAGGCAAGGACGCCAAGGGCGAAGAAGAGGCCGGUCCGGCGGCAGCGGCGGCGACCGGCCAGUCGAAAGGGAAGGGAGCCGGCGAGCGACAGAAGGAAGGGUACGUCCAUGUCAGGGCCAGGAGCGAGCAGGCGACCAACAGCCACAGCAUUGCAGAGAAGUUGAGGAGGGAGAAGAUCAGCGAGAGGAUGAAGCUUCUGCAGGACCUUGUUCCCGGAUGCAGCAAGGUCACCGGGAAGGCUGUGAUGCUCGACGAGAUCAUCAACUACGUCCAGUCCCUGCAAAGGCAGGUGGAGCAAAUAAAGCACGGAAUCAUCCUUCUCCAAUGCUUCGCAGUUUCUAUCGAUGAAGCUCUCCACGGUCAACCCGAGGCUCGGCGUCGACAUAGAAUUGCUUCUUGCCAAGGAUAUUCUUCCAUUUUCGUGGGCUUCCUCAACUGGUCCCAUGGGACUCUCAUUCUCCCAGGAGAUGAUGCCCAAACCAUCCCAACCAGGCAUGCUCCAGGGAGAUGUUCAUGGCAUGGCCAACCCAGAUACGCUCAGAGCACUCAUGCAGUCAUUCUCCCAGGAGCCGGCAUCCCAGAUGCAUCUGGGUCGACCAUUCCAUGGCGCGGUGCAAAUGGCAUAUCCUCCAUUGGUGAUAGGUUCUGAAGAUAUGAGCAUCAGGACAGAUCAUGAUGGGUUUCAUAUUUAAGUUGACGCGAAUGCAGGAGCAGCACUGUCUAGUUUGAUUGCCUAGUACAUGAGAUUCAAUUGUUUUCAGAACUGAAAUUUAGCAACAGGGGCAGCAAUCCUAGCUGAGAGUAAUCUGAAUAGAUAUAGAAUGCCAAUUUGUCACCAAAAUCUGAAAGGGGUGGGCAAAACGUUUUGUAAAGUGAGCAGUUGAUUGAAACUUAAGGGGUUAUCUAAUUUCAUUUGGUCC